UAUGAAAGAAAGAGUUAAAUCAUUGUUUUGUUUGGGGGAGAUGGAGUUUGUAGAGAGAAUAAGUAGAAGGAUACAGAACAUGGAAAGCCUAGGAGACCCAGUCAAAAGAUACUGAAAUCUCUUUUGGGAUUGAGAAGGGAGGUUCCAUUGGAAAUCAAGAGUCAGGGAAGGCAGGGGCUUACAGUGCCUAGCACAUAGUAAGCAUUUAAUAAAUCCUUCAUCUAAAAAAAAAAAGGUUAGGGAAGAGGCAUGACUUUUUAGCAGAAGGAUGUGAGGUGGGGGAACCCUGAGAUCUCUGGGAGACAAAGAGCUAUCUGGAAAGGAUUGGGGUGGGUGUCAUAGGGGCUUUAGAAGUUGCUGAGGUCUCCUUCAAGUGAUUAGAGGCCCCACCCAAACCCUACCAGAGGCCCCCUGGCAUGAUGAGGUGAGGCAUGACUCUUUUUUUUAUUGCCCUGUAAAGCCCAGCACCAGGGGUAUGUAUAUAAGCCACUUGCUUUGGCGUGGGGGGUGGGAGGGAGAGAGGAAGAGAGACUAGAGGAAAAGUAACAGGAUGAACUCUGAAAUCCUCUGGAUCCUGCUGUGUAUGCUGUUGGGGAAGACCCUAGGCAAUCGAAUGCGGUGUUAUGACUGUAGUCCAGAUGGUCCCUGCUCUGAAACCAUAAGGAUGUGUGGGGAGGGCGAGCGCUGUGGAUUCCUGGAGCAGAGACUCCACCAAGAGAAGGAGCAGAUCAAGUUUCCAGGGAACCCCACAGUCACCCUGGUCCACCACCGCCCUACCUGUGUAGCAGUCCAUCGAUGUGAACAGGAGCAAAUAGAGUUGGUGGGUGGUGUGCCCUACACCUCCCACAGUAGCUGUUGCCUCGGUGAUCUCUGCAAUGGUGCUGCAGCUACAAUGGUUCCUAGCAUGGCCUUGUCUACUUUGGUGGUCAGCACCCUGGCCUGGAUCCUUCCAGGACUAUGGGGAGGAUAGCGCAUUGCUCUAUGGGCAAAGGAGUGAGUGGGGCUGGGAUGUCUAUUUCCAAUGUCUAUUAAACUCUAAUGACUGACUUACAGCUGAGUCAAAAAUUCACAUUUUGUGAUAGAGGUCGGGGAGAAAUUUGAGGGAAGAAAAUGGAAAUGGGCCAGGGGGCCUCGAAAAAUGGUCAUAUCUCAGCAUCCAGAGACCCUAAGAGAUGAUGAAGGCACCUAGAAGGUCUCAGACUUCCUGAAACAAGUUAUG